AUGGACUACAGCAGGCUGAAUGCCAACAUCAACACGGGCAACAUCAGCACCGACGACUUUCUGGCCGUGUUCACGACCAGCUCCACAGCCGCCACUGGCGGGCCGCCCAAUGGCACGCGAUACCCGGAGAGUGCCACCCUCAAUCCCCCGCUCCUAACCGUCGACGGCCAGCUGACGGUGCCGGGCCUUCUCGACCAGUCCCCAACGGGGUCGGGAGCAGGCUAUAUCAAUGUGAACGACACGAUAUAUCUGCUGAAUGGGAGUUUCUACAAUAGCACCCUACAGCUGGCGGGGAGCUACUACAACCAGAGCGGCGGAGCGGGAAACCUGAGUGGGGGAUAUGGACUCAUGGGUAACGGCAGCAAUAUCACGGAAGUGCACUGGGACGGACGCUAUCCGAGCGGGUACACGCUCACCCACAUAGUGAUUGCCUCGAUCAUUGUGACCAUCCUGAUGAUCAUCAUCGUGGUGGGCAACAUGCUGGUAAUCAUCGCCAUUGCGACGGAGAAGUCGCUGAAGAACAUCCAGAACUGGUUCAUCGCCUCGCUGGCCGUGGCCGACUUCUUUCUGGGCCUCAUCAUAAUGCCCUUCUCGCUGGCAAACGAGCUGAUGGGCUACUGGAUCUUCGGCAGCUGGUGGUGCGACAUUCACUCGGCCAUGGACGUCCUGCUCUGCACCGCCUCGAUCAUGAACCUCUGCCUCAUCUCGCUGGAUCGCUACUGGAGCAUCACCAAGGCCGUCGACUAUCUCAAGUCGCGGACGCCGGCCCGUGCCGCUGUCAUGAUUACGGCGGUGUGGAUUAUGUCGGCACUCAUCUGCAUCCCCCCGCUGCUGGGGUGGAAGGUAAAGAUGCCCGAGGGACCGCUGCCCAAGUGCGAGUUGAGCGAGGACAUCGGCUAUGUGCUGUACUCGGCCCUGGGCUCCUUCUAUAUCCCCAGCUGCAUCAUGGUCUUUGUGUACAUACGAAUUUACUUUGCCGCCAAGGCGCGGGCGCGGCGAGGCAUCAAAAAGCAUCCGCGCAAAACUAACAACGAACAGGUAACGAGCUUCACCACCGCCAACAAGAAAGGAACAAUACCGAUGCCAUCCUCCAGCGCCGCCUCCGCGCUGCAGCUGCACCAGCAGCGACAGAUUGCCACCAUCGAGACACCACCGAACAGUGCCACGCUGCCGAUGCAAAUACCAACGGUAACCAUGGACCUGGCCUCGGACAUAUCCACCUCCGAGGCGGGGGAGCUGGAGGCUGUUGCAGCACAGACAGUGCUCGCCUACUCGGCCAAUCCCAAUUGUAGCGCGAAUGCGAAUGCGGUCACCGUGUCAGGUGGCCAGCUAUGCUCCCCCAGCUCGCCGAAGGAGACGCUUCAGGUCAGCACCAUAGCCACGGGCCGCGUUGGCCUCAAUGUGCCCGUGCCCCCGUCCAUGGGCAGCAACAACUCCAUCAACGCCCUCAACAACAACAAUGGAAGUGUGGAGGCUGCCAACAACGCGGGCGGCGGCGUGGGCGGGGCCAGUGGAGCCGCACUGGGGACCACAGUGACGUCCAGCAACGAGCUGAGAGUGUCGCCGAUCGGCGGACGCUGUCGGGCGCUAUCCGUGGGCGUUGACACGGACAUGGUGAGUGAAUUCGAUCCUUCCAGCUCGGACUCGGGCGUGGUCAGUCGCUGUGCCGUGGUCAAGCCGCUCAAGUUUCGCCUUUGCCAGCCGAUCUUUGGACGCAAAUCGAACCAGCACCGGCGCAACGAAUCCAAGGCAGCUGCCGCCACGGCGUCAUCCAAAAGUCCCACCCCUUCUGCCGCGGCGGUAGCCAAAAACCAGCACCAGCAGCAGGUGGUCAAGGCCGAGCUUGAGCCAGCCAUUCCCAAGACGCCGAAGCCGCGGGAUCCGGAAAAGGAGAAGCGACGGAUCGCCCGCAAGAAGGAGAAGCGGGCCACACUUAUCCUGGGCCUGAUCAUGGGCAGCUUCAUUGCCUGCUGGCUGCCCUUCUUCUUCUUGUACAUCCUGGUGCCGGCCUGUAGUAGCCACUGCAACAUCCCCGAGUCAGCGUUCGCCAUCGCUUUCUGGCUGGGCUACAUGAACUCGGCCCUCAAUCCGGCCAUUUACACCAUCUUCAACAAGGACUUCCGGCGCGCCUUCAGGCGCAUCCUGUUCAAGUGAUGUUUGGCCUACGUGUGCUGUUACAGGUGCGUUUAUGCGAGCAUCGAGAAGGCUACCGAACGUGCCAUGGGCAGCACACCCAUGGGCUAUGGACAUGGCUCGUAUCAGCAUUACAGGCGUUAGAUUUGCUUCGGUUUGGAAACAUCUCAGUCCCGAUCCAUUAACCCCAAUUUCCCGAUGCGUGGGUAUAUUUUUCUUUAAAAAGUAACGAACAUUGUAGCUCAUUUCAAAAGCAAUGAACGGCUGUGAAUUUGAUGGAAUCUCUCAAUUUCAAUUUACGCAUUUUUGGUUUCGUUUCGUUUCUCGAGUACCCUUGAACCCAGCUCCCAGUCCUUCCCCACAAGAGAAGCAGCCCGCAGCCCGCAAUCCGAACACCGAACUCGAACCCAAACACUUUUCACACUCGAAGAGCUCAUAGAAAUGCAUGAGCAGGGCAAACAAGAAUUUCAGCUAAGCAAACAUCUAUUAUGCGGCCUCAAUGGAUGUCGACUGCGGCGUCUAUGGCCAUUCAACAUGAAAUAAUUUCGCAAAUUUCCAUUUGUGGCUGCAUUGGGAAUGGCACAAGUCGCAGCCAGGGCGGUUUGCAGGCUUCAAGUCCGUGAUGGACAGCGGCGCAAUCUGCGAACGUGCUAACAGGCAGGUAACCCAAAUCCAAUGGCCUGCAGACCACCAUUGUGUUGGGUGCCAAUCCUAGCUGAGGUCAACAAGUUAGGUCAAAGGGAUUGCUAUGAUGAUGAUGAUAAUGAUGAUGGUGGCAACAAAUUAAUUUGAUUUCUAUUUAAUAUUUUGGCAAAGGCCUCACGCUGGCUCUCUCUCUCUCUCUGUGAUUCAUGUCGAAAUGCAAUUCUAAUGCCGCAGUUUGGCUGGCGGCCAGAUCAAUAAUUCCAUGUGCACAUAAAUGUAAAGUACUCGUGCGAGUACGAGUACGAGUAUAGUCCUGCGCAGCCGGCACAUAAUUUGUUGUAACAAAGUGAGCGCACACACCGAUACUGGAACACACACGAGUUCAGAGACACCGACAUCGACAUCGGUGCGGAGAUAGAUUCCACAAGGCAGCUGCAGUUUUAUUCAUGCACUCAAAGAUAUAUCACUUGGAGAAAAAUAAACGAAAUAUAUGGAACCACCCCCAAUGCCUAAUGGGCACACACAGAUGCAAAUGUAGCAAUCCCACUACUCACCAUUUUCCCAUCCAUUUCCUACUUUAGCUCUUGGCCAAGGCAUCAGAAAAUGCAUGUGACCGUCCGAGUGGAAUAGACAGCCCGUCAUCCAGUCGGAUGGGCGGACGGACAGACGGAGAGGGAGACCCAUCGUCAAACGAAACACUACAAUGACACGGAGACAGAACCAGGGAAAGAGGCAGCCAGUCAGUCAGUCCGACAGACAGACACCGUUUUUGGCAUAUGGCCCAAAACGGCUCUCCAUUUCGUUUGGCUUGUUUUCCCUGCCAAAGCCAAAGCCAAAAACUGGAAUGGAAUAUCUACAAAACGGGCCCGAAAUCCUCCACAGAUAUUCCAUGUAUAAAUUUUAUGUACAAUUUAUUUUACUUUCUCUGUGAUGUCUUUAUCGCUCAUAUUUCUUGGACACUUUGUGACAAGGAUCAACUAAAUCUUUGUGGCACUUGUAAACUGAAUCUCGCCCAGGCAAUCGUCAAUCCCCGCUACAAGUCUGUAAUCACCGUGUUCUGUGACCAUCAAAUUUAUGGCCGCUUUUAGCAUCUCUUCUCACUUCACAGCUUAUUGGCCCUUUCAACACAUGCCGGCAUGCCUGAUAGAUCAAAUUUAUAGCCUCGGCCUCGGCCAUAGGCUAAGUGCUGGCGGUUUCCUUAGACCUUUUAAAAUUGUUUAAGAGGGCAUAAAUAAUAGCUACGACCGAAAUCUGUCAGCCAGCUGGAGAAUGUGCAUGUGUUUCAUUUGAAUAAAUGGAAAUCGAAGCAAGAACUUUGAUGGUGUUGAAAGACAAACACAUUGAAAGCUCUUGGUCUGGGGCCGAGUGCAUGCUUUUUUAUGGAUCACGUUCUUCCUGCCGCCCUCUCUGUCUGUACUUUUUGGCAUUGUCAGCAAUGUGUGUACAACAACUGCACUCAAAUGACAAUUUGAACAACGACAGCCAGUCCAACAAUGCGAGUAACAGCUACAACAACCAACUAAAUGGUAGAACAAAAACAAAAACGAAAAAAAGGGAGCGUCGGGCACAAGGCGAAAUCGAAAACAAUUGAAAUCGACGGCAAGGCAAACCAGGCAGGACCUGCCACUGGGGGAGGCACAUUAAAAUGCGCGACACACACAUGCUCAACACACUCUUACAGAGCAACACACUCUUACACUCCCACACACCUAUACACACACAGCACUUAACUGCACUUAGGUGCGACAGCCAGAUGAGUGUCGAGCAGCAUUGCACGGACGGCAUUGUUUUGCUCGUCGCACGGAAAGUCAUUUUCACUUAGAGUGUAAAAAUGAACGAUAGCUCUCUGUGACUUGGCCGAAGUCUAGAUACCCUUGCAAUGAAAUUUUGACUAAAAUACUUGGCGAUUGCAUUUCAUUCAAAUUCAUGGAUUUUUUGUACAAACAUUUGUUUUUUUCACCAAACAUAAUACUUUUCUGAUAUAGAAGUCGAAUUUGGUAUUGUUUUCUAAAGUUGUAUAAAUUUAUAUUAAAGUAUUGCCAAUUAUAUUUCCCUACUUCGCCUCUGGUAUGUCCAGAUUAGUAGGUCAGACAUUUAUGCGCUACAAGCAUCUUACCUAAAUUAUAAUAGCCUCUGCAAGGGUGAAUGUAACAUCGUGCCGAGCAUUUUCUGUUUUAGGCCACAUGGCGAAUACGCAACGUUGUCAAUGUCCUUUGUCUUUGCCUCUACUUUUCGGUUGGUUUUUGCGGCCAGAGUUGAAUGGACAUUCAUAAAAUUGCAAUUAAUGUCACAAUUAGCAAUCACCAUAAAUUAAAUGCUCCACAACCGUUUACAAUUUAUUAUUUCAAGGAAUGACAAAAAACAAAGGCACACAAAAAAUGUGAAAAACGGUUUGAAUAAUGCAUAAUCAUUUGCAUUAAUGCCCAUAAUUGAAUUAUACGAUUUGGAAUGCAAAUUAUUCCUCUUCAUAAUUUUGUUUGUUGCUUUAAUUGAAACUCGGCGAUUGUUUUUUUUUUUUUUUUUUGUAUAGAAAGAUCUUCCCAAAUACGUGUAAAUAAUUAAAUGAAGUGUAAAAUAUUUACAAUAAUUAUAUAAAAAUAUUUUCACUUUAUUUUCUGACUUUUUUUGGUGAAAAUCGAAAUUCCUAAACGCCAGAAGCCACAAAUCCGACUACAAAAUGAAAUUUAUUUUGGCAUCAAAUGCGUAAAUUAGAAUUUGCAUUUUCAUUUAUGUCAACAUAUAUUUGAACACCAGUCCGGGCACCAUCCAUAUGCAAUAAGCCAAUUUAAUGCCUGAUUAACUUGGUAUAUUGCAGCACCAACUGGGGAGCGUAGUUGCCCAGGGAUUUUGAGAAGUUUAGAGAGAGAAUGGCGUGGGGUUUUGGUUUUUAAUUGAAAUUUGGUUGCGGUGUUGGUGGCGGUGGUGGUGGUGGCGUUGGUUUUGGCUGGAUCGGCUAGUUCAAAGUAUUGAAACAGUUGAUAAAUAUUUGAUUGUGUAGUUGUCGGAAUUUACUUGCGCGAA